AUGGCCCUCUCUUCUCUCGUCAGAUCUGCCGCCGCCUCCACGGUUGCCGCUCCUCGCGCUGACUUUUUCUCUUCGCCGGCGUGUGAUCAUUUUAAGCUUAGGUCGUGCUUUGAUCUGCUUGAGUUUCGCCUUUACGCGCCUUUGGUUAGUUCGGAGAAAGUGGUGUCGUCAAGUCUUGGAUUUAGCCGCAACCUGAAAUCAUCAAUUUUUUCUGGUGCUGCCAUUGCUGCUGGGCCAUCUGCAUCUCUACACAAAAGCAAUGCGAGAAGUGUGCAACCCAUCAAGGCCACGGCUACGGAAGUGCCAUCUGCAGUCCAAAGGUCAAGUAGCACUGGAAAGACAAAGGUUGGGAUCAACGGCUUUGGUCGGAUCGGAAGGUUGGUCCUCCGUAUUGCAACAUCCAGGGAUGAUAUUGAGGUUGUAGCAGUGAAUGACCCAUUCAUUGAUGCCAAGUACAUGGCUUACAUGUUGAAGUAUGAUUCUACUCAUGGAAAUUUCAAGGGAACCAUCAAUGUCAUUGAUGAUUCUACUUUGGAGAUCAAUGGGAAAAAGGUCAAUGUUGUCAGCAAGAGAGAUCCAGCUGAGAUCCCUUGGGCUGAUCUUGGAGCUGAUUAUGUUGUUGAGUCUUCGGGGGUAUUUACUACCCUAUCAAAGGCUGCAUCCCAUCUGAAGGGUGGUGCAAAGAAAGUAAUAAUAUCUGCCCCUUCAGCUGAUGCACCCAUGUUUGUCGUUGGGGUAAAUGAGAAGACAUACCAACCAAACAUGGAUAUAGUCUCCAAUGCAAGUUGUACCACCAAUUGUCUUGCACCUCUUGCUAAGGUGGUGCAUGAGGAAUUUGGUAUUCUUGAAGGCUUGAUGACAACUGUCCACGCAACCACUGCUACUCAGAAAACUGUUGAUGGGCCAUCAAUGAAGGACUGGAGAGGAGGCCGUGGAGCUAGUCAAAACAUCAUUCCCAGCUCAACCGGUGCUGCGAAGGCUGUAGGUAAAGUUCUGCCAGAACUGAACGGGAAGCUUACAGGAAUGGCAUUCCGUGUACCAACAUCAAACGUUUCUGUUGUGGAUUUAACUUGCCGACUUGAGAAAGGUGCCUCUUACGAAGAUGUUAAAGCAGCCAUCAAGUUUGCCUCGGAAGGACCUCUGAAAGGCAUUCUCGGGUAUACAGAUGAAGAUGUCGUCUCCAAUGAUUUCGUUGGUGAUUCAAGGUCAAGUAUCUUCGACGCCAAUGCCGGGAUUGGGUUGAGCAAGUCCUUUGUGAAACUUGUCUCUUGGUACGACAACGAAUGGGGUUACAGCAACCGAGUGCUUGACCUUAUAGAGCACAUGGCCUUGGUAGCAGCCAGCCGCUAA